AAAUAAAAUUGAAAAAAAAAAAUUUCAAAAUGACCUCAACGCCAACAGCCACAGAAUCGAACACCAAAGUUAAACCAAAAGUGGGAUUUUGGUUACAAAUACAAAGUUUAUUAAACACUAUUAACCAUGUUUUCAUACUGCUAAUUGGUGUCUAUAUUACAUUGUUGGCUCGUAGUCUCAAUUUCCAAGAUACUGCCAUGCAUAUGUUUAUGACCGUAAUCGGGUUCCAUGUCUUGAGUGCCGAAGCCUUGAUGUCCCACUAUCCCUUAAAUCCCAUAACAAAUCGAUUCUCACAUCGCAACAAAUCCCGGUUUCAUGGCAUUUUACAACUCAUAGGUGGCUCAAUGGCUUUGCUAGGAGGUUUGGGUAAAAUGCAAAGUACUGAGGUACAUUUUACCACCUGGCAUGGACGAUUUGGUCUCUUUGCCACCUUCAUGUGUUUCGCCAGUUUACUGGGUGGCGUACUCAACUAUUUCCAGCCCAAGUUUGUACACAAAAUCUACUCACCCUCUGAACUGAAAUUUCGCCACAAUUUAUUUGGCUUGCUCACCUUUAGUUUGGGCAUGACUACCAUCACUUUGGGCUAUUUUACGCAAUUCUUUACCAAAUAUGUGGAUGCUGCUGUAAUACCAGCAUUUGCUUUGGCCACCGUGUUGGUUUAUUUGAUGACUAUCAUUUCGCCCGUAAGUUCUUUGUUGGAUAAAUUGAAAUAUCGCAAGAAGAAGUGAAUGGUGGUUGCAGAGUGGAAAGAUUAAAUUUAAUAAAUGAAAUAAAUUAAGAGAAAAUGCUAAAAUAAAA